GUAUUUUGUGCUGCUCGUGCUUAUGCAGAUCUGAACUCUUACCACUCUCUACCUCUUCAAGAGAGAUUACAGAUACAGAAACCGAGAGAGAGAGACAGAGAGGGAGAGAGGGCCAGAGGCAGUCUGUGAGUGAGUAGUGAGAGAGUGCUGCUAGCAGUACUGCCUUUUAGCAAGCCCGCUUGUUAUAUUUCAAACCCUACUGAUUCCCAAGCGAGAGAGAAAAGGGAUACCUCAAGCCUUCACAAUCCUCUCUUUCUUGCUUGUUUCUGUAUUUUCUUUCCUAGAAGUACAAACCCAAGAAGCAAUGGAUCCUUUUGAAGCCACAAACGUAGUAUUCUCAAAGAUAAAAUUUUUGGAGCCGGAGAAUGCCUCAAAGAUCAUGGGGUACCUUCUGAUACAGGACCUUGGAGAGAACGACUUGAUACGCUUGGCCCUUGGGUCUGAGACAUAUCUGCAGGCACUCAUCUUCAAAGCCAAAACCCAGUUGGGUCUUCCCUCGAAUAUUAUUUCUACACCCUCUACACCUUCCUCCCCCUCCCCUCUCAAUCCCAUAGCCAGACCAACCAACGCCAACCCUUUUUCACACUCCUCACCUAGACUCCCCAAUGGCUUUGACUUUCAUAAAAACCCAUCUACUGCCUCCUCAAAUUCUUGGCUACUUUCUGGGUUCUCAAACAAACCCAUUAGCCCAAAGUCAAGUCCUUUGCUAACCUACGAUAAUAUCCGCGCCGGGUCGCUUGCUUCACGUUCAUUUCCAUAUAGCAAGAAUGGCUUUGAGAACGGUGGUGGCACUAACACUGACCUCAUUGACGAGCACCACCUCAACGAGUACCUCUCCUUCCUCAACGACUCUUCGUCUUCAUCCAGGACCGAAGAUUUGCUCGAUCCAGGAUUCGAAUUUGGUCAUGAAGUACACAAUUGGGCACAUUCUGCCAAUCAUGGAGAAGCCCAUCUUCACAGACGGAGCUAUUCGGCGAGCGAAGCUUGUUUCGCGUCAGAAGAACCUGGUUUGGAAUCUGGGUACAAGCCCUGCCUUUACUUUGCCAGAGGGUUUUGCAAAAAUGGCAGCAAUUGCAAGUUUGUGCACGGCGGGUUUGUUGAUUCGGUUGAUAGUCCUUCUGGUCUCAUUGUGGGUUCCCCGAGUAAGUUCGAGGAGUUGGAACUGCACGAGGAGAUGAUGAGAUUCAAGGCUGCGCAGCAGCAAAGAUUGGCUGCGCAGCAGUUCAUGGCUGGAGUAUCACCGUCACAGUCAGCGUACAACAAGUACAUGAAUUUUCUCUUGCAGCAGCAGACUGAACCCCAGAGAGCGGUGGCAGCUCCGACAGCAUUUAUGAUGGGGGAAGAUUUUUUCAAGUUUGGCCGCUGCCGGCCAGAGAGGAAUGACCUUUUGGCAAUGGCAUCUACGGAAAAGUUGAAUUCGGCUUCGAGGCAGAUCUACUUGACCUUUCCAGCGGACAGCACUUUUAAAGACGAAGAUGUUUCCGAGUACUUCAGCAAUUUUGGACCAGUCCAAGAUGUGAGGAUUCCAUACCAGCAGAAGCGAAUGUUUGGGUUUGUUACAUUUAUCUACUCAGAAACUGUGAAACUCAUUUUGGCCAAAGGGAAUCCUCAUUUUAUAUGUGAUUCACGUGUGCUCGUCAAGCCCUACAAGGAGAAGGGAAAAUUUCCAGACAAAAGGCAACAACAGCAACUGGAGAGGGGAGAGUUUUCACCUUGUUCGAGUCCCUCUGGGCUUGACUCGAGAGAAUCCUAUGAUCUGCCCCAUGCACCUAGAAUGUUUUAUAAUACGCAAGAAAUGAUAUUGAGGAGAAAAUUAGAGGAGCAGACUGAACUACAGCAAGCAAUUGAACUUCAAGGAAGAAGACUGAUAAAUUUGCAGCUUCCGGACUUGGAUGAACGUAUACACCACCACCAGCGCAGUCUGUCUGUUGGUUCUCCUGUUCUCUUAACUGCUCAGCGUCAUGCUAAUGUCAAUCAAAGUGUCAUCCUCCCGUCUGUUGGAACCAAACAAGAUGUUGCACAAGGUCACAGUGACAAUUCGGCUGCAGCUGCCGAGCAUCUGCUUCUGCAGGAAGUGAAUCCAGCUUGUAUUCACAAUAAUCACAGUGCCAAAAGCAAGGAGGACAUCUUCCAUGCUGAAGAGUUUGAUCUCCAGAAAAGUGUAGAGCAGGUACUUCCCGAUAGCCUUUUGCCUUCUCCUACCAAAUCAGUAGGGGAUAAUCUCUCUGACAUUUCUGCUGCUGUGUUGGAGGUUAAUGAGAGCUCCGCAUUCUCCACUACUCAAUAUUCUUCUGGAAAAGAUUUAUCACUCAGCAAUUUACCUAAUGACAAAGCUUCCAAAUAAUAUCUAAAUGCCAAGGCUUUGUGAUAAACGUGAGCAUGGCAGAACGGACUGACUUUCGGAAAUCAUAGAGAAGCUUAUAAAAGGGAGAAAAAUCCUUAAAAAAGUAUAGGAGAUUAUACCUACAUCAAAGGGUAGAUCCAUAGAGAAGAUAUGAACGAGUACAUCACCAUCAUCGGCAAUACAUACUACUACUAACAGCAAAUACAUAUUCCAUACAUCAGGACAGAUGAUUCUGAGUAGAGAAGGGUGUUUCUCUUCUACCAACGUAACGUGACUGUAUGUGUUUCUGUACCACACUGACUGGAGCAGUACAAAGGAUUGGAACUUCUAUCACACUGUCAGCUACGCAUUUUCUUUCUUUUUACCAUAUUUAUGUUGGGAGAUGUUGUUCAGUAGAAUUGGACUUUAUGCCAGAGGAUUAGACAAAUAUGUACAGGCUACUUUGUUAGCAAACAAAGGAAGUUUAGAGGAAAAAGACUUCCCAUCCACGCUUAUAUUUUUAAUUUUCCCUUUCUGAGCAGUAGAUAAUCGAACUGGUAGAACACGACAAAUAAGAGUAAAAAGGAAUAUUUUACUAUCCGUUUAAAAUUCA